AUGAUGCAUGUCUCUCCAGAAAUAUAUCUCCCUACUGAAAUUGUCCUCCACAUCGUCGGCAUCGUCGCGGCCGAUGAGUCCCGCCGCCAGGAGACUCUACAUGCCUGCUGCUUGGUAUCACGACAGUGGUACUCGGCGGCGAUCGCCCCGCUGUACGAAAAGCCUCAUGUCGGCACUGGAGUGGCCUUUGGGAAGUUCACGGACACAAUCAGCCCUCCGAUUGGGGCGCGCAAGAGCAAAUUGAACCUAGGCAGUCUGGUGCACCGGCUGGAUCUGAGCGGUCUCGUGCAUCACAGUUCAAACAGUCUGACCGCAAGACUGCUGGGUCGCGUCAAGGAGAACCUGGAAGUCUUCAUUGCGCCCAGAGUGUCCUUCUCAACAAACAGCCUCCCCGCAUUAUCCAAAUGCACCAACCUCCGAUCCCUCGACCUCUCGCUCGUCGGCGACCCCAUCCCGUUCACGAACCUCAAACAAGCCCUCAGCCGACUCCGCAAACUCAAUACCCUGCGCCUCCCGCAAUCCACCAGCCUCACAUCCGCCGAAUCCACCUCCCCCUCGACCACCGCCGUCGAAUGGCCUCCGGAAAUCACCCGCCUCCAACUCAGCGGACGCUUCAACCCCCUCACCAUCCCGACCUUCGCCUGGCCCGCCUCCCUCACCAGCCUCAGCCUCAAGAACUGCGCCGACCUCUCAGUCAGCAACCUCGGCAGCCUACUCAGCAGCCCCCACCUCAACCACAGCCUCCGGCGCUUUAGCAUCUCCGGCGCGAACCGCGGCCUGCAGCCAGAGUCCAUCAACGCGAUCCUCGCUUUCCUGCCGGGUCUGACCACCCUCAGCGUCCCCGGCGAUAUGGUCGAUGAUACCUUCUUCGAUAUCCUAUGUCAUAUGGCGCCGCCGGUGGCGCUGGAGGAGCUAGAGUUUGCGCAUCCGAGCCAGGACCCGAGCCUGGUGUUUUCGACCGAGGCAUUGAUCCGCGCCUUGGGGUGCGGAUUGAGAGAUCUGCGAGCUGUCGGGUUCGCGGAUAUUUUCUGUACAGAACAGCGCAUUAAUGAGGACGAGGAGCUCGAGGAGAUCUUGUUGAAGAGGGUGGCGGAGAGACCGGACCCGCCGGAACAUUGGAAAGAGGAUGAACAUCUGCUGCCCACGGGCAAAGACCCAUAUAUCCUACCAGCCUCCCGGGACAGCAGCGACGAGCAAGCCAGGAAAAAGGGCGAUGGGUAA